AUAAACUAGCGGGGCGGAGCUUCGGGCAUAAAAACAGAGCUCAGACAGAGAAGUCGCCUUAUUCCAAGCUCAGGCUGCACGAUGUGGCUCACCGUGCUACUGCUGGCCGUGCUGCUGCUUUUGGGUCUCCACAGGGUUUACUUGGGUCUCUUCAGCGGAAACUCCCCGAACCCCUUCGCCAAGGACGUCAAGCGGCCACCUGAACCCCUGGUGACCGACAAGGACGCUAGGAAGAAGGUUCUCAAACAAGCAUUCUCAACCAGCCGAGUACCAGAGAAGCUGGAUGCCGUGGUGAUUGGCAGUGGCAUUGGGGGGCUGGCCUCAGCUGCGAUUCUGGCUAAAGCUGGCAAAAGAGUCCUUGUCCUGGAACAACAUACCAAGGCAGGGGGCUGCUGUCAUACCUUCGGGGAAAAUGGACUUGAAUUUGACACUGGAAUUCAUUAUAUUGGACGCAUGCGGGAAGGCAACAUUGGCCGUUUUAUCUUGGACCAGAUCACUGAAGGGCAGCUCGACUGGGCUCCGAUGGCUUCUCCUUAUGACCUGAUGAUACUAGAAGGGCCCGGUGGACGAAAGGAAUUCCCCAUGUACAGUGGGAGGAAACAGUACAUCCAAGGCCUUAAGGAGAAGUUCCCCAAGGAAGAAGCUGUCAUUGACAAGUACAUGGAGCUAGUUAAGGUGGUGGCCCGUGGAGCCUCUCAUGCCAUCCUACUGAAGUUCCUCCCAUUGCCCUUGACUCAGCUCCUCAACAAGUUCGGGCUGCUGACUCGUUUCUCUCCCUUCUGCUGAGCAUCUACCCAGAGCCUGGCCAAGGUCCUGCAGCAGCUCGGGGCUUCUCCUGAGCUCCAGGCCGUUCUCAGCUACAUCUUCCCCACGUACGGAGUAACCCCCAGCCACACCACCUUUUCAAUGCAUGCUCUGCUGGUUGACCACUAUAUACAAGGAGCGUAUUACCCCCAAGGAGGAUCCAGUGAGAUUGCCUUCCAUACCAUCCCAUUGAUUCAGCGUGCUGGGGGCGCUGUCCUCACCAGGGCCACCGUGAAGGGUGUGCUGCUUGACUCUGCUGGGAGAGCCUGUGGUGUCAGUGUCAAGAAGGGACACGAGCUGGUGAACAUCUAUUGCCCCGUCGUCAUCUCCAAUGCAGGAGUGUUCAAUACCUACCAGCACUUAGUGCCAGAGAGUGUCCGCUGUCUGCCAGAUGUGAAGAAGCAGCUGGCGAUGAUAAGGCCUGGCAUGAGCAUGCUCUCACUUUUCAUCUGCCUGAGAGGAACCAAGCAGGACCUGAAGCUUCAGUCCACCAACUACUAUGUUUAUUUUGACACGGACAUGGAUAAAGCGAUGGAACGUUACAUCUCUAUGCCCAAGGAAAAGGCUCCAGAACACAUUCCCCUUCUUUUCAUUGCCUUCCCAUCAACCAAGGACCCAACCUGGGAGGACAGAUUUCCAGGUCGAUCCACCAUGACUGUGCUGGUACCCAUGGCCUUCGAGUGGUUUGAGGAGUGGCAGGAGGAGCCACAGGGCAAGAGGGGUGCUGACUAUGAGACCCUCAAAAAUACCUUCUUGGAAGCCUCUAUGUCCAUGGUCAUGAAACUGUUUCCACAGCUGGAGGGCAAGGUGGACAGUGUGAUUGGAGGAUCCCCACUGACCAACCAGUACUAUCUGGCUGCUCCCCGAGGUGCUCCCUAUGGGGCCGACCAUGACCUGGCUCGUCUGCAUCCUUAUGCUAUGGCUUCCCUAAGAGCCCAAACCCCCAUCCCCAACCUCUACCUGACAGGCCAAGAUAUCUUCACGUGUGGUCUAAUAGGGGCCCUACAAGGGGCCUUGCUGUGCAGCAGUGCCAUCCUGAAGAGGAACUUGUACUCAGAUCUGCAGGCUCUUGGCUCAAAGGUCCAGGCACAACAGAAGAAGAAGAUGAAGUAGCCCAUUCAGAGCUAAGCCAGAGAACGGCACCUCCCCAACUUCUUUCUCAUGGUGUCCUUCUGCUGUACUUCCUUGUACACAUAUCAAAAGCGCUUUGUUUCUGAUGCCUGCUGCAAUUCGAGUUCUCCUCUGCACCCUGCAUUUCUACCUAAGGCCUAGUGUGGGCUGCACAGCCUUGAUGUCUCAAGAUGAAGAAUGCACCCAACCUUCCCCACACCCAGCACUGAGCAAGGGUCAAACACUCAGAACCCCUGAGGGUGUUGGCUAUUGGAGUAGGUUGGUCCAGUUCUGCCCUGAAGCUUUUUGCUCUACCCACUCUAGUAUUGUGCUCUCCCCUCUGUCAAAGGGAAGGAUGACCAGCAUGGGUUUGGAGUGGCAACUCUCAAAGUGAAAGCCGAGGGGCUCUCGGCUUUAAGCUUUGUCCUCUGAUAGAAGCAGCCUGAAGGAGCAUUCCAAUCAGAGACAGACCAAGAGAUACCACUGCACCAGCAAAAUGUCCUGUACACCAGCCUGUGAGAUCUUGACUACAGAAUAGCCAGCCUGGCAGGGAGGGGACGAGAGUGGACAUGUUUGGCUUGAAUACAGGAAGCCCAAAGAGCACCAAGCCUAGCGAUGAUAUUUGUAGUUGCUGGCACAUAUUUAAAGCUGUGUAUUGUUUCCAAAAUACUUGGAAUCCAAAUUCCUUCAAAUUCUGUAAUAUAUGCACAUAUAUGAGAAAACUUGGGGAAUGGGCUUCCGGAGUAAAGUCAGAUUUGUUUGUUUCAUAUACAUGGAUGAGGCACAACAACUUAAGUAAUAUUUUUAAACUUGUAAGCAUUGUAUGAUCUGUCACAUGAGUUCCUACUAUUACAAAGCUGCUUUGGGCUCUAGAGUAGGGAUUCUCCACCUAUAUGAAUCAGUGGGGAAGAUGGUGAAAAUUUAAAACCGUUCACUAAGGAUAAACAGGCACCAAUUUUAGUUCAUUUAAGAAUCACAUUAAUACAUGCAAUGUUUCAGUGUGUUGAUAUCUGACGUUUAUUUUGCUUUCUGUUCAAUGAUGACAUGAAACUCCACUGAGAUGCACUUGCAGCUCAACAAAAUAAACUGAAAAAUACUU